UGGACAGAAAAUACUUUUUAUUAGAAACAAUUGGAAGUUUAUAAUAAUUUUUUAUUAUCCUAUAAAUAAUAAACAAGAUGAAAAAUUUUGAAAUGCCAUCGUAAAUAUUUACUUAAAAAUGGGAAAAUUCAAAAAGCCAGCUUGUUUUUUUUAAUAAUUUGCUUUAGUUUCCUUCUCCUUAAUUAUUUCGUUGGGAUGAAAUUCAAAAAUAAUAAAUAAAUUUGGAUUUUAAUCCAAAUUACAAGUAUAAUACUUUAAAUCCUCCAAUACUUUAAUUAUGGGCUUGUGUAGAAAUUCUUUAAUAAUUGUUAAUUUUGAGUGAAGAUUAUUAUGAAGAAGUAAAAUAAAUAUUUGAAUUGCCAUUAAAGAAAGCCAUAGAUAUAUUAACAAUAGGCUUAUCUUUAAUAAGAGGAGUAAAAAAGGAAAAUGUAUUCUUUAACGAAUUACUAAGUUAAUUAUUCUAAAAUUAUCUUUCAAAUCAUUCUAGCUCAGUGUAAAUAUUAGAAACCAUAUGGAAAAAUAAUGAGGAGUUACUUAUAAAUGCCAUGUGUGAACUUUAUAAAAAUGAUAAUAAAAAAGAAAAUACUUGUUUAAAUAUAUCCCGUAUUUUGGAUAUUUCUUAAUACAUAAAGGAUUCGCUUAUUUCACUUACAAAUUGUAAAGAUUAUUUCUUCGCUGUUUCUUUAGGCAUCCUUGCUGGAAAAAGAGAAUUCCUUCAUUUCGACUAGUGGAUUAAUGAACGAAUUAAAACUGUUGGAGAUCCUUUUAUUGAAGCAAUAUUGACUUAUAUUGAGGAUAAUCUUAUUAAUUAAAUAAAAGAAAUUAAUGCUAAAUAUUAGUUCGGAAAUGUAAAUUAUGAGCUUUAUGAAAAUGCACUUGAAAAAGCUUAAAUUACUCCAGAAAUUCUUACUAUUAUUUUCGAAAGUUUACUUACAGAAUCUCCUGAUAAAUUAUCAGAAAAAAACUGCAUGAAAUUGCAAGAAUAAUAUUAGUUUAUUAUUGAAUGCUUCCCUUAACUAAAUGGAAGAAGUGAUCCUCAAGUAUAAUAAAUAGAAAAAAAAGCUAAUUUUUAUUUCCAAAAACUUUACUCUAAAGAAAUAACAAUUGAUGAGUUUAUCGAAAAUCUUAAAAUUUUAAAUUCAUCCCCAUCUAAAGAAGAUAAUGAAGUAUUUGCUUGUAUGAUCACAGGGCUUCUCGAAGAAUGCAAAUUUCAUGACUAAUACCCUUUUAAUGAACUCCUUUUUACAGGCUAGUUAUUUGGAGCUAUUAUUAAUGCAGAUUUAAUAAAUAAUAAACCUUUAAGUAUUGUAUUGGAUAUAAUUGUAGAGUAUUGCAAGAAAAAUAAUAAAAAAAAUGAAUUUAGUGUUAAAGCUGUUGAAGGAAUGAAAGAUAAGCUCUUUGAUUACCCUAAAUUUAUUGUUUAGUUAUUUGAUUCAUUAUUAGUUUAAAAAAAUCCGGAUUUAUUAAUGAAAAUAAUAGAAGUAAAUUAAAAAAAAAAAAAAAAAAAAAAAAAAAAAAGUAAUUAAUAAUAAUAAUAAUAAUAAUAAUAAUAAAAAUAAUAAUAAUAACAUUAACAAUAACAAUAGUAAUAAUAAUAACAAUCACAAUAAUAAUAACAAAUACAAUUAUAAUAACAAUAGCAAUAAAGUUAACAAUAAUAAUAGCAAUAACUAUAAUAAUAAUAACAAUUACAAUAAUAAUAAUAACAAUAGCUAUAAUAAUAAUAACAACAAUCAUAAACACAAUAAUAAUAACAACAACAAUAGCAAUCACAUUAACAAUAACAAUAAUAAUUAUUACUUUAGUAGUAAUAAUUCUAUUAAAAUCAAAUGAUUCAGUAAAAUUCUCAAAAUUUAAAUCUUUAAUUUGGAGAUAUUUCCUAAUUAUAAAUAAAAUAAUAAGAUUCUAAUCCACUUUCAGCUACAAAGUUAUAUUCAGGAGAAGAUAAAUUACAAUAGAUUCCUGCUGAAGAAUAAGCGAAAAUGAAACUUACUUUUAUCAUGAAUUCAAUGACUGAAUAGACUAUUGAAAAAUAUCUUUAAGAAAUAAAAUAAUAUUUAGAAAAUGAAAACAACAUGAAAUGGUUUGCAAAUCAUUUAGUUUUAAGAAGAGCACCUAUUGAAGCUGAAAACUAAAGUAAUUAUAUUAACCUUAUUGAAAAGAUUAGUAAAAGGACAUUAAUGAAACUCAUUAUUAAGGAUUCUUUAAUCUUGCUCUAAAAGAUGUUAAAUACAAAUGUCUAGGCUAAUUAAAAUGAACGAAAUAUCAUAAAAAAUUUAGGAUCUUGGAUUGGGUAACUCACAAUAAAAAGAAAUAAACCUAUUUUUGCCAAAUAUUUGAACUUGAAAGCUAUUUUGAGCUAAAGCUAUCCUGAUAAAAUAGAAAUUGUGCUUAUAUUAAUAAGGAAGUUAUUAAUUUAUAGUAAAGAGUCAAAAAUAUUCUAAUAUUAAAAUAACGUUUGGAUAAGAAGAAUUUUCAGUUUAUUGGAAGAAAUAAAGAACUUGAAAAAAAUAAAAUUGUAGUGUAAAAUAGAACUUUAAACAUUUUUCAAAGACCUUCAAAUUGAAUCAUAAUAACAUUUAGAACCUUGUACAUUUAUGCUAUAUAAUUUAGAAAGUAAUAAUAAUAGAUAAAUAUUGCAAAAUAAUAAUGAUGAUAUUUCUUUAUAAAUCAAUAAUAAUACUAAUAUUUAUUAAUAAUAAUAAAAUUUUUCAAUAGAUAUUAAAUAAUUAAUUUAAGCUUCUUUAGAAAAAUCUAUAUAAGAAAUAUUAAAUCCUGUUAUUUAAAGAAGUGUUGUGAUAGCCCUUAUUGCUACAAAAGAAAUUAAACUAAAAGAUUUUUGUAUUGAAAGUGACGAAAACGUGUUCAUUAAAGGAAUAUGUACAAUGGUCUAAAAACUUGCAAGUUAAUUGGCUUUAGUUACCUGUAGAGAACCACUUAAAUAGCUUUUUUAAAAUGUACUUAAAGGAUUUCUUGAUUAAUAAUUUGGAAACUCUAUGAAUGAUGAUGAAAAAGAAAAGAUAAUUAAUUAAGCCGUUCUUGAUAAUAUCGAUAAUGGAUAAAAUUAAAUUAAAAAUGCUGUACUUAAAAAAGCACUUGAAGAUGUUGAGUAAGAUUCUUAAAUUCAAGCCGCACUUGAAAAAAGAAAACUUGCAAAAAUUAAAGGUGAAAAUUUUGUAGAUGAAACUUAUUAUAAAUUUAUUAAAAAUAUUCCUAAAAAAUUAUGGCCUUAAACAAGUAAAUAUAUUUAAUUUUUUUUUUUAUUUUAGACUUUUUAAUUAAAAAAAAAAGGUUAAAACUUUAAUUUUAAUUUAAAUUCUGAUAAUAAAAAUUAAGAAUUUCUUUAAGUUAUUAUUGAAACAUUUAAAAAAUGUAACUUUUUAUAAAAUAUUAUAAAUAUAUUUAAUAUAUAUAAAGUCCUUAAAAAUGAAUAGAAUCUUAGCUUUAAAAAUUAACUUAUUAAUAUCCAAUAAUUUUUGCUUAAAUACUUGCCUUAAUACGAUUUAUAUUAUUAAUUAGCUGAAUAAAUAUAUAUAAAUAUGUUUUUAUGUGAUAACGUAGAAAAAAUAGAAUUUUUUGGGGAAGUAUUUGAAAUAUUGAAUACGAUUUCAUAGAAAAAGAAUAUAAGCUUAGGUUAAGAAAUAAAAGAAAUUAUUUUUAACAAAGCGCCUUUAGAAUUAUUAAUCAAUACAACAUUAUAUUAUAUUUUAAAUGUUUUAUUAACAAAAUAAUGCUUAACAAUUUAAGAUUAUUAAGAUGUACAAAAUAUUAAUUUAGUUUUUUAUUUUUAUAAUAAAUUAAAAAAAAUAGAUUUCAAUUUAAUUAAUAUAAAGAAAUUAAAAAAAUGA